GCAACAUCCAAACGACCAAAUGUUUGAUAGGGAACGACAACAGGCGCAAGAUGUGCAAUCCCUAAGCUAGAAGCUGGACUAGACGGAACCGCAAAGAUUUACGCGCAGAGAAUAUUCUUUUUAACCCACGAAAAGGAUCCUGAAUUGUUUACACGCAUUCUCCCCACAUGUCCCCGGGCCUGCUGAGUGGGGCACACCGCAUCCGGCCCCUGUUUGGGCUUCCGUCAGCUGGCUUGCUCCCGUGCCGCGCUUCGCCCUGCCUGCGUUUGUCCGUUGCUCCAUUGCUCGAAUUUCAGGACCAACCUCCCCAGGCGUUCGGCACGCCGCGGCUCUUUGUUGUUCGACUUUACACUCUUCUCUUGCUACUUACGACAAUACUAAGGUAGAUACCUGCUAGCUAAAUUGACAAACCUCAGCGCGCCGACGCGACGGAGCCGACACCAUGUUCGACAUCUUCGCCAAGUUGCUUUCCUCGAUCGCGUCCUUCCUCUUCCCGCUGUUCGCCAGCUACAAGGCCCUUAAAACAUCCGACCCGGCCCAGCUGACACCAUGGCUAAUGUACUGGGUUGUCCUCGCCUGCGGGCUUCUGGUUGAGUCGUGGAUUGACUGGUUCCUGGUCUGGAUCCCCUUCUACGCCUACAUCCGCCUCUUCUUCCUGCUCUACCUCGUCCUCCCCCAAACCCAAGGCGCCCGCCUCAUCUACGAAGAAUACAUCCACCCGCGCCUCGAGGAGAACGAGACCGCCAUCGAAGAGUUCAUCGCCUCGGCCCACGAGCGCCUGCGCAGCACAGGCAUCGCCUACCUCAACCGCGCCAUCGAGCUGCUCAAGACCAACGUCCUGGGCAUGGCGCCCUCCCCACAAGCCGCCGCCUCUGCCGCCGCCACCACCCCGCAACCACAAACCGCGCAAUCCUACACCCAAUCCCUCCUCGCACGCUUCACCACGCCCUCCCCGCGCUGGAACACAACCCCGGCCCCCGCACCCAGCAGCGGCACCGCCGGCGGGCUCACAACCGAUUUCUUCGCCCUCCUCACCUCGGCCGUCGGCGCCGCAACCACCCCCUCCUCCUCCACCACUACCCCUUCCACCAGCACCACCACCGCCGCCCGAGACCUCUCCGGAGCAGGCGGUAGCGGGGGCAGCAUCAUCCCCGACGCGAUCCGCGCGGCGGGCGCCGCAGCGCGCGUGUCCUUCGUGCGGGCGCAGCGCGAGCGCCUGCGCUUCGUGCUGUCGGCGCUGGAUCGCGAGGAGGAGGACGCUGCUGCUGCCGCCGCUUCUUCUGUUUCUGGUGGGGGUAAUGGGGGUAAUGGGGGCAAUGGAGGGUCGUUGAGCGAGCAGAGCGUUGGGAGCGGGCUGAGCGGGCUGAGCAAGAGCCGGUCGGAGGGGGAUUUUGAGAAGCUGGAUGCGCCUAGCGGUGGGGAGGAGGAGGAUGGGGAGGGGGGUGUGAGGAGGAGGGGUGCGGAGGGGAAGAGUGGUGGGUGGAUGCCGUGGGCUUGGGGCGCUGGUGGUGAGGGGGGGAGGAGUUCGGGGAUGGAGAAGUAGUAGGAGUAGUAGACCUUGCUUUUGUUUGGGUUUGCAUGGAUGGUUGGGUUGCAUGCCGCGUGUGGCUGGUAUGGUGAUGGUUUACACUGCACUUUCGGGAGUGUGCAUAUGGGUUAGGACAGGUAUUUGGGAUGGCGUUUUCUUUUGUGGGGGUUUGCGCAUCACAUAUGGUUCGGGAUAAAGGUCGUGGAUA